GGAUUUUCCAAAGGCAACGUGUCGUUUUGGUGAUAAAUAGAGCUAUUUAGGGGGCCCCACCAUUAAGUUAACUAAAUCUCACUGGCUAAAUACAAAAUGAAGGUUGUAUUAAACCGAAAUAAUCCACCCCUAGGUGGCCUUAUUGUGGCAAACUAUGUAAAAUCGUCCAACGGAAACGCAAUAGAAAUAUCUUGGGGCGACCAGACUUCCGUAGAAAAUUUCCAAUGUAAAACCAGCAACGAUGUCGCGAGGGCUGUUGCCAAAAUUGCUUCUCCUCAUUUGUACGGAAGCAGUGCGAUCGAGACAACAGAGGUGGACCAUUGGUUAACUUUUGCUUUGGGCCCUUUGAGUUCCAAAUACGAAUUUUUCAAUGCCGUUCAAGUUUUGGAUAAAUACUUGGGUCCAGUGACUUAUUUGGCUAAUAAGAGAUUGAGUAUUGCUGAUUUUAUUGUGUUUGCUACUUUGUACGCCAGCAAACAUUUCCAAGAGUUGUCUUCCAAAAAAGCAGUGCCAGUACAUGUCCAAAGAUGGUUCAACUUUAUCCAAUCUCAAGACAUAGUAAAAAACACUCUAAACAACCUUACUCCUGAACAAAAAGCUGCUAUCGCUCCUGCAGAAAAGAAAAGCAGACAAUCUCUGGAUAAGACUCCUGCCAACACUACAGCUUCAGGCAGGGUACGUGAGGGCAAAUUUAUCGAAUUGCCUGGAGCAGAAAUGGGCAAAGUUGUUGUCAGGUUUCCACCAGAAGCCUCAGGAUAUUUGCACAUUGGUCAUGCUAAAGCCGCUCUUCUCAAUCAAUACUACCAAGAAGCCUUCCAAGGCAAACUCAUAAUGCGUUUCGAUGACACCAAUCCAGCUAAAGAAAAUCCUCAUUUUGAAAAAGUAAUCUUAGAAGACGUUGAAAUGCUCCAAAUCAAGCCAGACAUGUUCACACAUACUUCUCAAUAUUUCGAUUUGAUGUUGCAAUAUUGCGAAAAAAUGAUUAAAGAUGGUACGGCUUAUGUUGACAAUACUGAAGCUGAAUUGAUGAGAGAACAAAGAGAGCAAAAGGUCGAGUCAGCAAAUAGAAGCAAUUCUGUUGAGAAAAAUUUGCAAGUUUGGGAAGAAAUGAAAAAAGGAUCGAAAACUGGUCAGACAUAUUGUGUCAGGGCAAAAAUUGAUAUGCAAUCCGUUAAUGGGUGUAUGAGAGAUCCAACGAUUUACAGAUGCAAAAAUGAGGAGCAUCCUAGAACUGGAAAUACUUAUAAAGUUUAUCCAACAUAUGACUUUGCUUGUCCGAUAGUUGAUGCAAUAGAAGGUGUAACCCAUACUCUAAGAACAAUGGAAUAUCAUGACAGAGAUGAGCAAUUUUAUUGGUUUAUUGAAGCUCUGGGCUUAAGAAAACCAUAUAUUUGGGAAUACAGCAGAUUAUCCAUGACAAACACCGUUCUCAGUAAAAGAAAAUUGACUUGGUUUGUUAACGAAGGCUUAGUAGAUGGCUGGGAUGAUCCUAGGAUGCCUACAGUACGUGGAGUUUUACGAAGAGGCAUGACGGUUGAAGGCCUAAAAGAAUUUAUUAUAGCUCAAGGUUCAAGUAGAUCCGUAGUUUUCAUGGAAUGGGACAAAAUUUGGGCUUUUAACAAGAAAGUCAUUGACCCAAUUGUUCCAAGAUUCAGUGCAGUAGAUGCCAAUGAGCCGGUGCCAGUGUUAGUGAAUGGAGCCAAAGAAGAAUGUCUUACGGUGCCGAAACAUCCUAAAAAUGCUGAUGUUGGAAAUAAAGAAGUUUGGGUCGGACCUAAAGUUCUCAUUGAUAGAGUUGAUGCUGAUAGUUUGAGGGAAGGUGAAAAUGCUACUUUUAUUAAUUGGGGCAAUUUGCUUAUCAAAAAGAUUAACAAACUAAAUGGCAAAAUAACCACCAUCGAAGCUGAUCUUAAUUUGGACAAUAAAGAUUAUAAAAAAACGCCUAAGCUUACUUGGUUGGCUGAAACCGGUAAAGCUCCAUUUACCCCAACUUAUUGUGUAUAUUUUGAGCAUAUUAUAAGCAAACCUUUAUUGGGAAAAGACGAAGAUUUCAAACAAUAUGUGAAACACGAAACCAGACAAGAGUUUGAGGUGCUUGGAGAUCCAGAAUUGAAAAAAUUGAAAAAGGGGGACAUUAUUCAAGUUCAACGAAAAGGAUUUUUCAAGGUUGAUGUUGCAUAUGCACCUGCUAAUGCAUAUACAUGCAGAGAACAGCCUGUUGUAUUGUUCCAUGUUCCUGAUGGUAGUACCAAAGAAUCGCCACUUGUUGCAGCUGCUAAAGGAGCUUCUAAAGAGAAAUCUGCUCCCAAACCGACUGAAGCAAUAGCCAGUGUUGAUCUCAAUGAAAAAAUAAUCCAACAAGGCGAUAUUGUCAGGAAUCUUAAGUCUCAAAAGGCGAAUAAAAACGAAAUUGAUGUGGCCGUAAAACAAUUAUUAGCCCUUAAAGGUGACUAUAAAAAAGCAACUGGUCAAGAGUGGAAACCAGGUGCAGUUGCUCCUAGCCAAGCUGUAAAUCAUCCUGAAGUUAAUGGUAUAGAUUUGGGCAGUCAAGUGCAAGCUCAAGCGGACAAGGUAAGAAAAGUGAAAAGUGAUAAAGCUGAUAAAGCCACUGUUGAUGCCGAAGUCAAAAAACUUCUAGCUCUUAAAGCAGAAUAUAAAAAGCUUACCGGAAAAGACUGGGUUGCAGCGCCAGUUCAAAAUUCAUCCCCUGCUCAAGCGCCAAGUGACGCAAAUACUGUUUCACAAAAAAUCACCCACCAAGGUGAUAAAGUACGAGAUCUCAAAGCUCAAAAAGCUGAUAAAGCCACUGUUGAAGCUGCAGUCAAAGUUCUUUUAGCCCUAAAAGCUGACUACAAAUCUAUAACUGGUCAAGAGUGGAAACCAGGCUCAGCACCAGCAGCUGUUGUCAAGACAGAACCAGUUUCACCAACGCCUGAAUCUGAGGUCGAUGUAAAUACGAUUUUGCAAAAAAUUACCCAGCAAGGUGACAAAAUACGUGACUUGAAAUCGAAAAAAGCUGAUAAGGCUACAAUUGAAGGUGAAGUCAAGCUACUUUUAGCUUUAAAAGCUGAAUAUAAAACUUUAACUGGCCAAGAGUGGAAACCAGGCACAGUAGCUGCCACUCCAGUUUCAUCAACCCCUAUAGCUAGCAAUGAUGUAGAUACAGUUUUACAAAGAAUUGCUCAGCAAGGCGAUAAGAUUCGCGAUUUGAAGUCUAAGAAAGCCGACAAAGCUACAGUUGAAAGUGAAGUUAAGUUACUUUUGGCUUUAAAAUCUGAGUAUAAAACUUUAACUGGUCAAGAGUGGAAACCAAAUACUGUUCAGGUUAAACCAGGUACUGUUCAUGUUAAACAAGAACUGGUAGCUGAGACGCUGUCUAGUAUCGGAAAUUCUUUGUUGGAACAAAUUGCCAGUCAAGGGGAUAAAGUGCGACAAUUAAAAGCAGCCAAAGCUGAUAAGGCGACAAUUGAUGCCGCAGUGAAACUACUUUUAGAAGCCAAAGAAUCUUUUAAAGUUGCUACAGGUAGAGAUUGGAAACCAGGCAUGAAACCUGAGGCUGUAAAUGUUUCUGCAGCGGGUGGUGCUGGGGAUGCUACCAAAGAAGCCAUCACUGCUAAAGUAAAUGCACAAGGAAAUCUUGUAAGAGAUUUGAAAACCAAAAAAGCUUCUAAACAAGAAAUAGAUGCAGCAGUGAAAACACUUUUAGAACUUAAGGUUGAAUACAAAAAUGUCACUGGGGAAGAUUUUCCUGUGGCCGGUAGAGCACCAAGUAAACCUAAAGAAUCGAAGCCUAAAGAAAAAGUAGUCAAACAAAAACAAGCCACGCAAGAAAAGAAAGUUGUAGAUGUAGAAGAAGGAGGUUUAAAAAAACAAACCCGCUUAGGCCUAGAAGCUAAAAAAGAAGAAUCCUUAUCCGAUUGGUAUUCACAAGUAAUCACCAAAGGUGAAAUGAUUGAAUACUAUGACGUUUCUGGAUGUUAUAUCCUCAGGCCUUGGUCGUUUGCUAUUUGGGAAGCCAUCAAAGAUUGGCUUGAUAAGGAAAUCAAAAGUUUGGGAGUGCAAAAUUGUUACUUUCCCAUAUUUGUAUCUAAAAGUGUUUUGGAGAAGGAGAAGGAUCAUAUUGCUGAUUUUGCUCCUGAGGUAGCAUGGGUAACAAAAUCUGGAGACUCUGAUUUGGCAGAACCCAUUGCAGUACGUCCCACUUCUGAAACUGUCAUGUAUCCAGCUUAUGCCAAAUGGAUUCAGUCCUAUAGGGAUUUGCCUAUUAAGCUCAAUCAAUGGAAUAAUGUAGUUAGAUGGGAAUUCAAACAUCCUCAACCGUUCUUGAGGACGAGAGAAUUUUUGUGGCAAGAAGGCCAUACAGCAUUUGCCGAUAAAGAUGAGGCUGAUAUUGAAGUUAAGACGAUUUUGGAACUCUACGCUCAUAUCUAUGAAAAACUCUUGGCUAUUCCUGUGGUAAGAGGCAGAAAAACUGAAAAAGAAAAAUUUGCUGGUGGAGAUUAUACUUUAACCGUUGAAGCUUUCGUGUCUGCCAGUGGAAGAGGUAUCCAAGGUGCCACCUCUCAUCAUUUAGGCCAAAACUUCUCCAAAAUGUUCGAUGUUAUUUAUGAAGACCCAGAAACCCAGCAAAAGAAAUACGUUUUUCAGAAUUCGUGGGGAAUCACCACAAGAACAAUUGGAGUGAUGAUUAUGGUUCAUGCAGACAACCAAGGGUUGGUACUUCCUCCUCAAGUUGCCUGUAUACAAGCAGUAUUAGUACCUUGCGGUAUUACUGCUAGUUUAACAGAAGAUGGCAAGAAAAAAUUGCAAGAAUCCUGCGAUAGCUUGGAAAAGGAUUUGAAACAAGCUGGAGUUAGAGCUUCGGGAGAUUACCGAGAUAAUUAUUCACCUGGCUGGAAGUUUAAUCAUUGGGAAUUAAAAGGGGUACCCAUAAGAAUUGAAUUAGGGCCUAAAGAUAUUGAAAAGAAUCAAUUUGUUGCCGUACGGAGGGAUACAGGAGAAAAGAUUACUCUUCCAAGAGCUCAAGCUGUUGCUAAAAUUCAAGAACUUCUUCAAGAUAUACAUGAUAACAUGUAUAAAAAGGCUCUCAAUGAUUUGGAAACUCACAAAGUUCUAUUAACUGAUUGGUCAUUAUUUGCUAAAAAUUUAGAUCAGAAGAAAAUCAUUUUGGCUCCAUUCUGUGGAAAUGUUGAUUGUGAAGAUAAAAUCAAGGCUGAUAGUGUCAGAGAGGAAGAUGCUGAACCAGGUGCUCCAUCAAUGGGAGCUAAAGCUUUAUGUAUACCUCUGACACAACCAGCUGAAAUUAAAUCCAGUGAUAAAUGUAUUCAUCCUGCUUGCACUCGUGCACCAAAAUAUUACACUUUGUUCGGCAGAAGCUACUAAAAAUGUUCGUGUUUUUUUUUAUGAAAAUAACUCUUAAGUUUUAUUUAUGUUGAUUAAACGUUUUGGAUGAACAAUGCUUUCAAGUAUACGAAAGAAGUUUCAUUUGGUUGUCCGAUGGAUCCAAAAAGUGAUUAUGUAAAAAUGUCAACCAAUGAUGAAGUUCAAACAUAUAAAUCAUACUAAUUAAAAGCAUAAAUUUGCAGGUUAAAAAUUUUAUUUAUCAUUUUUUCUUUAACAAAAUAAAUGAAGUUUAUUUCCUCAAAUACUUUAUACAAAUACAAAUAUUUACAGUUUAACAUGAUAAUUUUCACAUUUUUAUGACAGAAAAUAGUAUCACACAGAGAAAAAAUAAUUUUUGUUAAAUGGAUAGGAAGAUAAUGUUAACGCAAAUACAACAUAAAUAAUAACUUGGCUGGAUUAUAAACACUCAUGGGCGAUUUUUUGUUACAAUAAGUUAGGCGUAUAAAUAAAUUCACAAAAAAAAAAACAGAUGUAAGUAUUUUCAGGGUCUGUAUUCCAAACCCACGAUUCGAUAGUAUCGUCUAUCUAUUUUAUAUGGACGAUACUAUCGAAUCGUGGGUUGGGAGUCCGGGCCCAGGGUCUAAAUCUUGUGAAUAAACGAUAUGGAAUAUUAAAAACUGUCAGUCACAAGAACGUAUGUACAUUGUACCUACAUACCUUUGACUUUUUUUGACUGAAUACAGAAGAAUUUUUCUGACAAUAAUAAUUGCGAUCAGAAAAAUGGAAAGUUCUUACGUGGUACUUAACCUUAGACCACAUACAUUUUUUUUUUCAAUGCAGCAACUUCAUUUGCGCCAAACUUAUUCGAAAAUAAAUAAAAAUAACAAAAUAAAUAACAAAAAUAUUCUGAGUUAGAACCAGAAAAAAAAAAUCGCCGCAUUAGAGGGAUUGUUAUUUUAAAAAUAACUGUAUAACAAGCUAAAAAUGUAUAGUAACACGGUUAUGUUGUAUCUAAAACAAUGGUGUUAGAAUAGUACCUUAAUGUACAAACGAAAAUAUAUCUACAUUAUAUACAAAGAGUCAAAGUGGUAGUCGUCCAACAAGCUUUCGGAGCUCAUUCGCUGUCAGUCAAGUCGAUGAAGACGAAGAUUUUUCCAUGAGACCUGAAAUUAAACAAUUUGUAAAUUGGGAGGAAUUUUGCAUGAGGUACGAUAAAAUAAAAUUUGGAAAUCUUGACGCAUAGACUCGAACUGCUGUAUUUUUACUCGAUCUCUUGGCAAACAAUUCUUUUCUAGAUGUCCCUAGGACGUAAACAAACUUAUAAUAAGCCACAUGCUUCAGAAUCACACCUACCUAACGCAAUCUAUACAAUAUUGAUAUUUCACAGAUUUCUAUAUCGUCAGCAACUUCUAUACAAGAAUAGCAUUAUAUUGAUUAGGGGAUUAAUAAAUGAUAUUUCACAACUCAAUAAAGAUUCAACUCAUUUAUUUCGCAAUCUAUUCAAAUGGCAAAUGCCACUAUAAUUUUCAACAUGUUUUACCCAAACAAGCAAAAGGAAACAUGAAGCUAAGCUUGGUCAUCAACAAUGAUUUUCCUAUUUUCUAUUCUGUAAUUGUGUCAUUAGUGAAACUUACGUUCUUUAUCAUAUCGUCUGACAGCCUCUUCUCUUUCGGCCGCAUCAAAAUACCACAACGUGAUCGCGUACCUGGUGUCGAAAGCUGGUUGAACUUCGUGGGGAUUUCGCCUAUCCGACCAGAAGAAUAGGAGACGGUCGAAUAUUGGCUCUAUAUCUGCA